AUGUCAGCCAUGUCGGAACUCAAUUGGCUCAAUAUCCCACUCAAGUGGAAACAGGACUGGAUCCCCUGGUACACGACUGUUAAAGACCAGGCGACAGUCUGGGAUCUCUGGGAAUACAUCGACCCGGAAACACCAGAGGCGUCUUUACCGAACAUACCAGUCAAGCCAAAAAUCCCAUCAGUGUCUGAAAUCACUAGCGAAGCAGUUAGUGUUCUUGAUCUCACCGAAAAAGAACUCGCUAGAUACACUGCAUUGACAAGGGAGUACGACCGGCAAAAUGAUCGCUUCAAAGAAUACCGAAAAAACACCGACAAGUUGAAGCAGGGCAUCCGCCAUUCCGUCACAUCAGAACACAAGCGGCUCAUAGUUGCGCAACCUCUGCGUACUACACUCCAGGUGCUCAAGAGUACCUAUGAACCCAACGAUGAGGAACGCAAGGUACAAGUGGCAGAGAAUUGGAAUAAGCUUUGCAGCCAGGUUCCCCCGAAAUCGAAUCUCGACGGCUGGAUCUUGAAGAUGCAGGUCUGCUAUGCUGAAGCUAAGGAAGUUGGCUGUCAGGAAUUCGAGCAGAAUGAACGAAUUAUCAUACAGUUCCUCAGAGCUGUUGGGUCCACAUCUCCCGAGUUCUAUGGAAUUUGGAUGGACCGAAUUCAUGACCCUGAUGGCAGAAAACUCCCUGACUUCCCAGACAUCAUCAACCGUUACUCUCAGCAAGUUGGUGUAGCUGCACCUCGAUACCAGCAUCGACUAGCACACGCUGCUACAUUCCAAGGCCGAGAAUCUGAUACCAACAACAAGAAGAAGAGUACCUGUCCCUGUGAGAGUGACCCAAAUGAGGGAGAUCACUCUUUCGCCGAGUGUCCCUAUGUGAAUCCUGCAGUCCGAGCCGCAGGAUGGGAACCGAAUGAAGAGGCGGAGAAGAGAUUCAAACGAGCCACCAAGUCGAAGGCCUUCAAGACAGCCUACACAAAGGCUUUGGAGAAAUUCAAGAAGGAUUCGUCUUCUUCCUCCUCAGAGUCGUCUACGUCGGAGAAACAGAGUCGGACAGCAGCAUUUUCGACAUAUAUCCCCAAGACUGUCAUUUCCGACAUCACUGAAGUUGCGCUGAACACGAUGCAGAAGAAGGAUACGGCAAAACCUCCGAAGUGCGAUAUCUGGUGUUAUGACACUGGUGCUUCAGUCCAUAUCUGCAAUGACAAGAGCCUCCUAUCUGACUAUCGACCAGCAGCUGGAUCAGUACGAGUUGGGGACACACAGACAAAUAUUCUUGGAUUCGGAACUCUGAAGGUGACGCCUACAGAAAGCUUCGACGGCAUCCAUCUUGCUCUCAAGAACUCUGUCGACUGA